AUGGCAACAGAAUUCUUGAGCAAUGAGAUAACACUUAGUCCCAGUGAGCCCGCUGGCUCAGAAACGGCAUCAGAACCUCUGUCAAAGUACACGCUUCCUGCACCAGAGCAAUGUGUCAUCUGCCUCGACAACAUCUCCGAUGAAGCGAUUGCCCUACCCUGCCGCCACGACCAGUUUGACUUCCCAUGUUUGGGGACAUGGCUACAGCAACAGCAAGUCUGCCCACUGUGCAAAGGCCAAGUCACAGCGGUUAGAUUCAAUAUUGGGGACGGCAAUGACCAGAGAAGUCAAGUUUUCUAUCUCCCGCCCGAGGAUGCUCAAGCAGGCCGAAGUACUCAUCAGUUUACCAUCGCAGCCGCCGCUCGGCAGCGACGGUCAAGGCAAGGUCGAGGAUAUGGAAGAGUGGGACAUCAUAACAAUCCUAGAGGCGUGCACCCUGGAGCGCUGAAGGAUACUGCGCUCGACUUUCGCAGGCAGGUGUACCAACAGAGACUCUACUCCCUUCAUGUUGGGACAAAUCGCAUCUCGCGAUACCGGAAUCUGACACCAUCAUCCUUUGCAACAGACGAGCGUCUGACAUCUCGAGCCCGGAUGUGGAUUAGACGUGAACUUCAAGUCUUCAGCUUCCUCGAUCCUAACGCCCCCCAACCUGCACGGCCUGGCUCCACCGACCGCCGUGCCAGAAACGCUGAUUUUUUACUCGAGUACAUCAUCGGAAUCCUGAAGUCGAUUGAUUUGAAAGGCAGCGCCGGGCAAGCAGGGGAGUUGUUGAAAGAUUUUCUGGGGCGCGACAAUGCUCAGCUGUUUUUGCACGAAUUGGAAGCUUGGUUGAGGAGUCCCUACGAGCACCUCAAAGACUGGGACCGGGCAGUGCAGUACGCGAUGCCGUCGGGGCCAGAGCCUGGCAAUGAUAUGACAAGACCUGCGCGAAGCGACAACAGUUUCUCCCGCCAGCCGAAUGGGACGAAACCAUCCAGCAGUCAGCUGAGCGUACCUCUAUGGUUCUCUGAACGAUUUGUGCUCAAGGGGGAUGCCUCACGGACAAGGCGACCUUAA